AUGGACAUCGACGUGGAGAGCUUGCGUAAGUCGACUGAUAUUACCAUCGAUACGCCCGACGACGGCACAUGUCUCACUGAUACCCCUGAGGACAGCACCUCUCUUGCUCCGCUUAUAACCAACUUCCCCCCCAGCGAAGCGAAUAAGCCCAUCUGCCGCAGACGGAUCACCGACCUUGCCGCCACGCGCGAGUUUGCCGACCAGCUUGAUGAGUCGGCUAUCCACUGCCUAGGGCGUGAUCUGUGGAGUGUCCGCUCUGCCUCUGACGCCAUGGUGCUGCUGACCGACCAGCGGCAAAUGACCGAGGGAAUGAAGCUGUUACUGGCGAGGGAUAUUGAAGCUGUUGCUACCCAGGGGGAGGAGAGAAAUUACCACUCCAUGAUGAUCAUCCUCGGUGUUUUAUUUUGCUUUAUCCUUUUUUUCCGAUUUAUUUUGCUUAGCAGUUCAGAAGCAGACCCGUUUUUCGCCGACAUUGAAACGGCCGCCUCUCCGGACCCGCCCCGCCAUCCCUGCC